AUGAUGGAAAGUAAUCAUCAAGCUGGCGAUCAGAAUGCCACGAAUGAUCUUGCAACAGAGAAUACACCACUUCUGUUUCCUGCAGGCAACGAUACACCGACAAUUGAAGAACCAUUGGAGGAUGAUGAUGGCGAUUCAACAGGAACUGAUGCCGAUCCCAAUGAAUUCGACCUCAUGUUAUCGAGAACAACAUCAUUUACAGCUAUAGGAAUCGAAACCAACCUCCAAGAAUCAUCUAUGCUUCGGAGUUCUCGAAUUCAUCAUCCUACCAAACGAGGAUCUAGAAAUUCCAGUCGUGUGAGCACGAGAAGGAAAUCAAUCUCUGGUUCCAUCAGGAGUAUUCGAGAAACCAUUGAGGACGAUGACAUCGAUGAAGAAUCCAAAUCCCCAUUUUUAGGCGGUGUUGGUGUAAAAAGAUUUUGGCUCAUAUUCGGCGGUGUCCUCUUAACAUAUACAUUAUCUUCUUUUGAUUCCACCAUCAUGGUUUCGAGUCAUCCUGUUAUUACUUCAUAUUUCCAUUCUUCCAAUAGUGCAUCAUGGUUAUCCACGGCAUUUCUCCUCACAUCCACAAGUUUUCAACCGGUUUUCGGGCGUCUGUCAGAUGCCAUGGGGAGAAAACCUCCUUAUAUAUUUUCAAUGAUCUUGUUCUUAUUCUCAACUAUAUGGUGUGCUCUUGCUCAAAGCAUGACGAGUUUCAUUGCUGCCAGAGCGGUUUGCGGCUUGGGUGCUGGGGGUGUCAUGUCAAUGGGAUCUAUUAUUACAAGUGAUCUUAUACCCAUUGAAAUUCGAGGCGCGUAUCAAUCGUAUCUGAACAUUGUUUUUGGGAUUGGGGCGGCUUCAGGUGCGGCGUUGGGUGGUGCUAUUGCGGAUCGUCUUGGAUGGAGGUGGGAAUUUGGUGUUCAAGUUCCGGGAUUAAUUUUGUGUUUGAUUGUUUCGUGUUUUGUCAUUCCGAGUGAUUUGGGUUUGAAUAGGGGAAAGAAAACCCUGAAGGAAGCGUUGAGUGUUUUUGAUUACAAAGGGUCUCUAUUACUCAUGGCUACUAUCACAUUCUUCAUCCUAGCGAUAAACCUCGGCGGCAACAUCUAUCCCUGGACACACCCUAUAAUACUCACCUGUAUAGCCCUCACCACAAUCUGUCUCCCCCUCUUCGUCAUAACCGAAUACCACGCCGCCCAACCCGUCAUGCCCCUCUCACUCCUAACCAAGAACCCCCGAUCUUCCCUCAUCAUUAGCAAUGCUCUCGGCGGUCUCGUCAUCAACGCAGUCCUCUUCAACAUCCCUCUCUUUUUCCAAGCCGUGCUCCUCGAAUCCCCUACAGCAUCCGGUCUUCGUCUCAUCAUCCCUUCCAUCGCCGCAAGCGCCAUCGGUACCCUAACCGGAUUCCUCAUCACCUGGACUCGCAACUUGAAAACCCCGCUCGUUUUAGGUGCAACACUUUAUAUACUUGGAGCAAUCGGUCUAGUAGCUAUGAAUCGCAAUCUGCCAAAUUGGGCAUAUGUACUGUUGUUAAUCCCAACGAGUAUGGGACAGGGAUUCCAAAUGCCAAGUACUUUUAUGAGUGUAUUGGCGGUGAGUGAACAGGGAGAACAAGCCGUGGUUACGACGACGCUGGUGCUAUGGAGGAGUAUGGGACAGGUUUUGGGGGUGGCGGUUAGUUCGUUGAUUGUGCAAAAUUCGUUGGUGGGGUAUCUGAAUGAGAAUGUUUCGGGGCCGGAUAAAGAGAAGGUAAUAGAAGCAGUUCGCACCUCAGUCCAAGCAGUAGCGGGAUUGGAACAACACUAUAGAGAUCAAGUGAUAGAUUCGUAUGCGCAGGCAUUGAGGGCAGCGUAUAUCUUUGCGUUGGUGGUCAGUGUGGUGGCGUUUGCACUUACAAUUGGGAUUAAAUUGCCGAAAUUGGGGUUUAGAAAGUUGAAGUAG